UUGCCAAUCUCUCGCGGUUGUCUCUCUCUCGAAGGUAAAGCUAGGGCUUUGAUAUGGCGGGUGCGGGAAUCCACCCUUACCACCAGCAAUGGGCGCCGGCGGCCGCGCCUCCUCCUCCUCCGGCGGUCGUAUCCGCGGCGCCGCCUCCCCCUCACCACCUCGUCGACAACCCGAACCGGCCCGCCAACGAUGAGGUCCGCACUAUUUUUAUCACCGGUCUUCCUGAAGAUGUUAAGGAGCGGGAGAUUCAGAACCUCCUGCGAUGGCUGCCGGGAUACGAGGCGUCUCAGGUCAACUACAAAGGCGAGAAGCCGAUGAGCUUCGCGCUGUUCGCCACUGCUCAGCAGGCUAUUGCAGCCAAGGACGCCCUUCAGAGUAUGGUUUUCGAUACGGAAUCGAAGGCAGUGUUGCAUACUGAGAUGGCUAAGAAGAAUCUUUUUGUGAAAAGAGGGAUUGUAGGGGAUUCAAAUGCUUACGAUCAGAGUAAACGGUUACGUACUGGUGACUAUACACAGGCUGGUUAUUCCAGUCCGGUGCCUUUUCAUCCUCCGCCACCGCCUGUUUGGGGACACGGGUAUAUGGCACCGCCACCUCCUCCUUACGAUCCAUAUGGUUAUCCUGUUGCUCCAGUACCAAUGCCCCCUUCUGCUCCUGUACCAGCACCUAGCAGUUAUGUACCUGUACUGAACACCAAAGAUAAUCCACCAUGCAAUACCUUAUUUAUUGGCAAUCUAGGAGAGAGUAUUAAUGAGGAAGAACUGAGGGGCUUAUUCAGCUCACAACCUGGAUUUAAGCAAAUGAAGAUCUUGAGACAGGAAAGGCAUACUGUUUGCUUCAUUGAGUUUGAAGAUGUAAACAGUGCCACCGCUGUACACCACAAUUUUCAGGGUGCUGUCAUCCCCAGCUCUGGUUCUAUAGGCAUGAGAAUACAAUACUCAAAGAACCCAUUUGGUAAAAGGAAGGAUGGGAACUACCCUGGUGCCGCCCCUGCUACAAAUGGAACUCCACCAGCAAUGACAUACCAGUAGCUUGAAGGGGAUGUACUCUGUUUCUUAUGCUACCGAAAAACACAACCACAUGAUAGGAUGCAUCUUGCUGCGCAUGCAUCCAUUUCAUAGUCACGUCAUCAGCAUUAUCAUCUCUAUUCAUGUGAAUGAAUGCACAGUGGCAUCAUGAACAUACCAUUUGGUUGUGUUAUACUGAUUUGAGACAUGCAUUUAUAAUCAGUGUGUUAAUUCCUGGAUGUUAGGGGCUAAAUUACUGUUAUCAUCUGUAGGAUUUGAGUGUGUUUUUCUUCAUAUUAUGUACAUCAAUACUAGGAAUGCACGUCUAAUUAGACAUGUUGCUCUAUACCUAUCUUUCUACAUGGGUUUGAUUAAUUCUCUUGACUCGGAAAAUCAUCUGAAGGUUGGUUCUCAUCUGUUUCAUGUCAUAACUUAUAUUAGGUUGUUUGAAAACUUAGGAUGUCACACUAUCAUGUCAUUCCCAUCACCACGACAUACUAAUUCAUAGGUCAUCGUUGAAGCAAGGAGCUAGUAGCUGUUUUAGCAUUCAAGAUCUUCAAAUCAUAACUUUUCAAAAAGCUGUUGGGAAUUAUAUGCUGUCAUUUAUAUACAGGAGUUAUCAAUACAAAAUGACAAAGCCCUGUUCAUUUGAGGAGGUCAAAGUUUUGCUUGCAGCUGCCGUUUUGUUUCAGGUAAUAUUACUUCACUAGGCAAAGGUUACUAUCUGACUGAUGCACCACGUAUGGAAGUUAAUUCUCAUUUAUCAAGCUUGAUUUUCUGUAUGUCGGUGAAGCUGCCUUAAGAAUAGAAGACUGACAUUUAACUCUGAAUGAGAAUUUCAUUAUUCGCGGGUGUUAGUUUCUAGUCCGCAUGUUUUAAUA